AUGGAACGAAAGUUGCUGUAUGCGUUUCGAGGAUGGAUUGCGUUCGUUGCAUUCAUGGACCUGGGCACGGCCUUUCGUUGCUACAUUGAACGUCGGAGCUUUCUUGGGGACCAUUCGGAAACACAAUUUAUAGAAGGAGACUAUACAAUUUCUAGGAUAUUGGGAAUUUACUGCAUUCUGAAAGCCGUUGCCUUAGUUCAUUGCACUCUAUACAUACACUACAAACCAGUCGUCAGCAUGGGCGGCUGUUCACUGGCGAUUACUAUGAUGCUCUACACUACCGAGGCCUUGUACUUCCGCUCUACUACGCUUAAUUUUUACGUUAUUUUUCCGUGCGUUCUAAACUCGAUAACACUGAUGGGAUUGCUGUAUAUUCCUCGGAAGCUUCGACUGUGGGAACAUCGAAACGAUAACGAUGAUGAAAAUUCACAGUUACUCAAGCAAAUGGGUGGCUUUAAGAAGAGGCGGACACAUAAAAACAAGUCACCGUGA